AUGGGUUGGGUAGAGGGCAAAGGUCUGGGUGCCAAAAGUCAAGGUCGUCUCCAACCAGUGCAAGCAAAAGUUCCAAAAAAAAGACAAGGUUUGGGAGUGGAUAGCUCUGACACGGAAGCUGUAAUCUCAUCACUUCACUUUCGAGUACUGGAGGUGUCAGAGGUGCCAACGGGACCACACUCCUGGUCAGAGGACGCCGAGAUCCUGGUUGCCUCGGUUGACGAUGAUCGCGUCUACCGGUGGUCCCGAUGGCCCAGCUCUAGCGACACCACCGAGCUGCCCACAUUGGCGUUGGAAGCCCUCCAAACCGCCCUUUUACAACCCGAUUCUUCACAGGCUCUCGGUCCGGCGAUUGAAAGACUGGAGACACAGACGCGAUACUGCUCGGAGGAGUUGUUGUUUGAAAUGCUCUUUUAUAAGAACUCUCUGGAUAAACGAAGCCGUGACGCCAUCACUAGUGCUCGCAUUCGUUCUAACCCAUAUGAGAAUGCGCGAAGUGGUAUAUUUAUGAACAGGUGA